AUGGAGAUUUUCACCUUGAGGAAACUGUCUGCGUCUUGUGUUUUACUAACUCUUUGUAUUGUUCUGAGAGUUUUUUAUAACAUCUGGUGGAGACCCAAAAGCCUCGAAAAGCUUUUAAAGAAGCAAGGAAUCAGGGGCACUUCUUACAAGCUCUUUAAUGGCGGCAUGAGAGAGAGUCAGAGGUUGAUCAAAGAAGCAUGGUCCAAGCCCAUGAGUUUAAACCACCAGAUUGCACCUCGUGUCAACCCCUUCUUUCAUCAAAUGGUGCAGAAAUAUGGAAAAAUUAGUAUGAGUUGGAUUGAAACGCGACCCGGCUGA